CUAUAACAGAACUGAAAUUGCAGGCGAAACCCAGAGGACAAACGAUCCCCCCAAAAAACAUUGUCAUUCUACCACUGAUUUCAACGGCUGGCUCUUUUAUAAUAGCGUGAAAUCGUGCCCGAUUGCAGUUCCUAGGGCUUCCACUAGAUGUCAACAGUCUUUAGAAAGAGUUUCAGGAUGGUUUUUGGAAAAAUGAGCCAGAAAUUGUAGUUUUUCUAGGUGGCUCCCAUUUUGGCUGUAAUGUUUCCAAGCAUGAAUGAGAGCGCGUUCUUUGUUAUUUUUCUCCGGUAAAGACCAUAACGGUUCUCCGUCUUAAAUGUUAUUGUUUAUAUGCAUAUUAGGGUACCUAUUGUUUGAUUAUAAACGUUGAUUGACUUGUUUGGAUAAGUUUAUUGGUAACGUUUGGGAUUCAUUUUGUAUGCAUUUUGAAGGAGGGAAACCGAGUGGUUUAUUGACUGACGCGCGCCAGCUAAACUGAGUUAUUUUUAUAUAAAAAUUACUUUAUCAAACAAAAGGACCAUUUGUAAUGUAACUGGGACCUUUUGGAGUGCCAACAGAAGAAGAUCUUCAAAGGUAAGGCAUAUAUUAUAUUGCUAUUUCUGACUUUCGUGUCGCAACUCCCUGGUUGAAAAUGAUUUGUUAUGCAUUUGUGUGCUGGGCGCUGUCCUCAGAUAAUCACACUGUUUGCUUUCGCCGUAAAGCCUUUUUGAAAUCUGACACGGCGGCUGGAUUAACAACAAGUUAAGCUUUAUUAUGAUCUAUUGCACUUGUGAUUUCAUGAAAGUUUAAUAUUUCUAGUAAUUUAAUUUGAAUUUGACUCUCUGCAACGCUAGCAUCCCACUAAUUCGCAAGUAAAAAUUCCCUAUCUUAGGUCAGUUAGGAUCACCACUUUGUUUUAAGAAUGUAAAAUGUCAGAAUAAUAUUAGAGAGAAUGAUUUAUUUCAGCUUUUAUUUCUUUCAUCACAAUCCCGGUGGGGCAGAAGUUUACAAACACUCAAUUAGUAUUUGGUAGCAUUGCCUUUAAAUUGUUUAUCUUGGGUCAAACGUUUUUUGGAAGCCUUCCACAAGCUUCCCACAAUAAGUUGGGUGAAUUUUGGCCCAUUCCUCCUGACAGAGCUGGUGUAACUGAGUCAGGUUUGUAGGCCUCCUUGCUCGCACACACUUUUUCAUUUCUGCCCACAGAUGUUCUAUUGGAUUGAGGUCAGGGCUUUGUGAUGGCCACUCCAAUACAUUGGAGUAUUGUCCUUUUUAUGGCGGGUUUGGAGCAGUGGCUUCUUCCUUGCUGCCUUUCAGGUUAUGUCGAUAUAGGACUCGUUUUACUGUGGAAUAUAGAUACUUUUGUACCUGUUUCUACCAGCAUCUUCACAAAUUCCUUUGCUGUUGUUCAGGGAUUGAUUUGCACUUUUCGCACCAAAGUACGUUUAUCUCUAGGAGACCGAACGCGUGUCCUUCCUCAGCGGUAUGACAGCUGCGUGGUCCCAUGGUGUUUAUAGUUGCGUACUAUUGUUUGUACAGAUGAACGUGGUACCUUCAGGCGUUUUUAAAUUGCUCCCAAGGAUGAAUCAGACUUGUGGAGGUCUACAAUAUUCUUUCUGAGGUCUUGGCUGAUUUCUUUUGAUUUUCCCAUGAUGUCAAGCAAAGAGGCACUGAGUUUGAAGGUAGGCCUUGAAAUAGAUCCACAGGUAAACCUCCAAUUGACUCAAAUUAUGUAAAUUAGCCUAUCAGAAGAUUCUAAGCUAUGACAUAAUUUUCUGGAUUUUUCCAAGCUGUUAAAAGGCACAGUCAACUUAGUGUAUGUAAACUUCUAACCCACUGGAAUUCUGAUACAGUGAAAUAAUCUGUCUGUAAACAAUUUUUUGAAAAAUUACUUGUGUCAUGCACAAAUCAGGUGUUCGAUCCAACUUGCAAAAACUACAAUUUGUUAACAAGAAAUUUGUGGAGUGGUUAAAAAAAUGAGUUUUAAUGACUCCAACCUUAGUGUAUGUAAACUUCUGACUUCAACUGUAAAUAUAAAAAGGGAUUAAAUUAGAUUUUUUCCCACUACUGAUUUACACAACCUACUCCACAUUUUCAAAGUGAAAGAAACAUUUUCUCAAAUAAAAUAAAAUAUAAAAAUUCAGAUGUCUUGAUUGCUUAUGUCUUCACACCCCAUAGUUACUUGUUUGAAUACACCUUUGGCAGCAAUAAUUAAAGCUGUGAAUCAUGUUGAAUAAGAUUUCACUAACUUUGCACAUAUCUUGUAGCAAUACAUAUCAUUUGUGUUUGGAAAAAUUGCUGAAGCGGUCAAUUUGGUUGGGGAUCAUUGGUGGACCGCAAUAUUCAAAUAUUUUCUCAGAUAUUCAAACAGAUUUAUGUCCGGACUAAGACUGGACCGCUCAGGAACACUCAACAUCUAUUAGAAAGUCAUUCUGAUGUGUCCUAAGAGUUAAAAUGUGUGUAAUCGUCCCACUUUAAUAAAACUACCACAGUGUUGGGUCUUCAAAAGACUGAGGCAGGUUUUCCUUUUUACAUGAGCUUUGCAUGAGCUUUGCCCCUUUCAUAAUUAUUUUGGGCCUGACAAAACUCCCCAGUCCCUGCCUGUGACAGGCAUACCUAUAACUUGAUGCUGCCACCACAAUUCUUGAAAAUAAACUCAGCAUAAAAAGAAAUGUCCCUUUUUCAGGUGUUUUUACCAAAAAGUUAUAUUUUGGUUUCAUCUGACCAUAUGACAUUCUCCCAAUCUUCUCAGACGGGCCUGGACAUGUACUGGCUUAAGCAGGGGGACACGUCUGGCACUGAGUCCCUUUGAGUCCCUGGCGGCGUAGUGUGUUACUGUGUGUUACGGCUUUGUUACUUUGGUCCCAGCUCUCUGCAGGUCGUUCACUAGGUCCCCCCGUGUGGUUCUGGGAUUUUUGCUCACCAUUCUUGGGAUAAUUUUGACCCCACGGUGUGAGAUCUUGCGUGGAGCCCAGAUCGAGGGAGAUUAUCAGUGGUCCUGUAUGUCUUCCAUUUCCUAAUAAUUGCUCCCACAGUUGAUUUCUUCAAACCAAGCUGCUUACCUAUUGCAGAUUCAGUCUUCCCAGCCUGGUGCAGGUCUACAAUUUUGUUUCUGGUGUCCUUUGACAGCUCUUUGGUCUUGGCCAUAGUGGAGUUUGGAGUGUGACUGUUUGAGGUUGUGGACAGGUGUCUUUUACACUGAUAACAAGUUCAAAUAGGUGCCAUUAAUACAGGUAAUGAGUGGAGGACAGAGGAGCCUCUUAAAGAAGAAGUUACAUGUCUGUGAGAGCCAGAAAUCUUGCUUGUUUGUAGGUGACCAAAUACUUAUUUUCCACCAUUUCCACCAUAAUUUGCAAAUAAAUUCAUAAAAAAUCAUACAAUGUGAUUUUCUGGAUUUUUUUUCUCAGUUUGUCUGUCAUAGUUGAGGUGUACCUAUGAUGAAAAUUACAGGCCUCUCUCAUCUUUUUAAGUGGGAGAACUUGCACAAUUGGUGGCUGACUAAAUACUUUUUUGCCCCACUGUACCUCACCCAACAAAUGAAUGGUAAAGAUUAGCACCGCAGAUCUGUAAAUUGCAUUAUGCUUAUCUUCUCCAUUCAUUUUGGAAUGUGGCAUUUACAUUGUAGCUCCUUCUACAAAAAAGAAUGCCUGGGAUAUGUACUUAUCUGAAGAGAAGAUCGCUUUUGAGGUUUGAAAAUAUCAUCUGAUUUUGGAGUGUCAUGACCCUUGAGCAGUAAUUUUGAUAGGACUGAAUGGUUUGAGUGGGGAGGAGAAAACUGGAAAUGAUCUGUUAUUGGCAUAGAGGUUUUGAACUCUCUUAUUGGUCUAUUAACUAAUUUACUGCCUGGUGAUGUCACCGGCAGGGUUGGGUAGGUUACAUUUGAAAUAUAAUCCAUUACAGUUACUUGUUACCUGUCCAACUUUUUUUUUAUCAGUAACAGAACUUUUGGAUUACCCAAACUCAGUUACUUUUAGAUUACUUUCACAUUAGAAGAAUAAAUUAAUUAAUUUUACCAUUUGAAUAACUUCUAUUGCAGGAUAAAACACUGGUAGAUUUUACAUAGCUGGCCAUAAAUGGUUGUUGCAUUUUACUUGGGUUGGUUAACUAGGCUUAUUCUAACCCAUUGCUUUCUACUUUAAUACAUAUAACAAUAUUAUUAGGCUAUAUCUUUACAAAAUCAAAGUCUAACAGAUUUGCAAUGUGAUUACCAUAACAAAACAAAAACAAAAACAAAGGCACUGGGGCGAACAGUGGCUCUGUUUCCCCUAAUGCAGAUUUGAUCUUUAAAGCUAAAAACAUAUGCACUUCAGAACAUACGUAGCUACCUGUGUUCUGUAUCAUAAAAAUAUGUUAUUCUCUCUCUCUUUCUCUUUCUGUGUGUAUGUGUGUGUGUGUGCAUGCGUUUGUGCAUUUGUGUGCGUGAGUGCGUGCAUGUGGGUCAAUAGUCCAGAGAGCAUAGUUUGGAUGCCAAGAAAGCAGCUCCUCAAGGUUUCAUCAUGAAUAAAAACAAGCGAGGAGAAGAGAGGGAGCUUUACAGUUUAGAUGUCGGAGAUUCCACCUUCACUGUUCUGAAAUGCUACCAGAAUCUAAGGCCCAUCGGCUCAGGAGCACAGGGAAUCGUCUGUUCAGCGUAUGACCACAACCUUGAGAGAAAUGUGGCUAUUAAGAAGUUAAGUCGGCCGUUCCAGAAUCAGACGCAUGCCAAGAGAGCGUACAGAGAACUGGUGUUAAUGAAAUGUGUCAAUCACAAAAAUAUCAUUGGCCUAAUAAACGUAUUCAGCCCACAAAAAUCAUUAGAAGAAUUUGCAGAUGUAUACAUUGUGAUGGAGCUGAUGGAUGCCAACUUGUGCCAGGUGAUUCAGAUGGAGCUGGAUCAUGAGAGGUUGUCCUACCUGCUCUACCAGAUGCUGUGUGGCAUCAAACACCUCCACGCUGCCGGCAUCAUACACAGGGAUCUAAAGCCCAGUAACAUUGUCGUGAAGUCAGACUGUACGUUGAAGAUCUUGGACUUUGGCUUGGCUCGGACGGCGGCUACAGGUCUGCUGAUGACCCCCUACGUAGUGACCAGAUACUACAGAGCACCAGAGGUCAUACUGGGGAUGGGCUACCAGGCCAAUGUGGACAUAUGGUCUGUGGGAUGUAUUCUGGCAGAAAUGAUCCGCCACAAAAUCCUGUUCCCAGGAAGGGACUACAUUGACCAGUGGAACAAGGUGAUAGAGCAGCUUGGGACUCCGCCACAGGAGUUCCUGUUGAAGCUCAAUCAAUCAGUGAGGACGUACGUAGAGAACAGGCCGCGUUACGCAGGAUACAGCUUUGACAAACUCUUCCCUGACGUCCUCUUCCCUGCAGACUCAGAGCACAACAAACUGAAAGCGAGCCAGGCCAGAGACCUGCUGUCUAAGAUGUUGGUGAUUGACUCGUCUAAGAGGAUCUCUGUGGACGAGGCCCUGAAACACCCCUAUAUCAACGUGUGGUAUGACCCAGCAGAAGUGGAGGCGCCCCCUCCGAAGAUCACAGACAAGCAGCUGGAUGAGCGAGAGCAUACGGUGGAGGAGUGGAAAGACCUGAUCUGGAAGGAGGUGUAUGAGUGGGACGAUUGGACCAAGCAGAAUGGCGUGAUCAGAGGACAACCUCUUUUAGGUGCAGCAGUGAUUGACAGCUCCCCUCAGCACCCCUCGUCCUCUUCCUCAGGCAAUGACGUAUCCUCCAUGUCGACUGACCCCAGUGACCCUAGUGAACCCACCAUGACCUCUGACACGGACAGCAGCCUGGACAGCCACACCUCUCUGGGAGCACUGGCCUGCUGCAGAUAACAUGCACACACACACACUUCUGUCACAGUAUAUAGUUUAAAACACUUAAAGGGGCAAUCUGCGAUGGCCACAUUUUUUUUCUGCCUUUUUUAUUGAAUGAUAUAUACCAAUUGAUUCUUGAAGAAUAUAAUAUAUAAAUGCUUUUACUCCAUUGUUUGUAAACAAACUCUGUAUAGUCUCAAAACAUGAUUACAUUGUGUUUCCUCCAUUGUUUGUAAACAAUGUAAUUGUAAACAAACACUGUGUAUAGCCUCAAAACAUGGUUAAAAUUAUACUUUUGAUACUGUAUCAUGGAUGGUCAGUCCUUGCAUCCAUAGCUUUGUUUAUGAAUUUCAGAGCGAUUACAUUUCUCUAGCCCCAACACUAAGUUGCUUACCAAAAACAGUGAUGGGGUGACUGCUUUAUUGUUGUUUAAACUGCAGAUUGCCCCUUUAAGAGUCCGUAACAAAAUUUAAAUUAAAUAAUUUAUUUUGUAAAUGCACAGCUUCUUUCAUUUGCUAUGUCCCCUAUAUCAGGCAUUGCCGAUUGUGUACAUGCUGUAAAUUACUAUAUUUAUUUAUUUAUUUAUUUUCUUGUUAGCUUCUGUCCCACCAAGCUGUGUAUGUCUAUGCUGUAAAUGAUAGUGGUUCAAAUCUCACAGUGGAUGGAACUUUUUCCCCUUUUCCCUAUUAGAAAGUGUUUUCUUACAAACACAUACUUAUUUUCUAUUAUAAACUGGGUUGUUCGAGCCCUGAAUGCUGAUUGACUGACAGCUUUGUUAUAUGAGACCGUAUACCACAGGUAUGACAAAACAUUUAUUUUGCAUUAAAUUCAACCAUUAAAUCACCUGGCCCAAAUACCUUUGUCACUUAGCCAUCUUUGUUGCUUUGUUUCUUCAACCAGUGGCCCAUCCCACUUAGCUCUAACCCUUCAAUGUUUGCAGAUCUUUAGGUUUUGGAUAGGUAUGUACAGGUCUGCAAACAUCAAAGGGUUAGGGCCAAGGGGAAGGGACAAAGGCUGCUUAUGUUUUAUUGGUGGGGCCAGGAGUCGUUCCUCAGGUCACAGGACCAGGAAAAACUCCCAGCCCCAUUGAUUUGAUUUAAGUGCUCUUACAGUUCAGGGAUUUUUGAAAGUCGGGACAAUCCUUAACCGGCAUAUAAACUUUAUUUUUAAUGUUUAUUUUGUUGCAUUAUUUGAUCCUAAAAAUUACAUUUAGGGGAAUUUUAUAAGGUGAAAGAUUUGCUUUUGGAAUUUUCUAAAUAUUUUCAAUAUUACAAAUUUCCAUGUUGGCUCUAUGCCUGGAAAUGUCCUUUUCUGGAGCCAAGGGGGGCAAUUUCAAACUCUCCAAAAAAGUGUUUAAAAUUCUUAAAAACGGCAAUAAUGAAUAUUAACUGAAAAGGGAUCUUAGAUAGUUUUUUGCAUUAGACCUCUGACUUAAAUGAAUAUUUCUCUCAGAACUGUGAUUCCUAAAAGAAAUUGUCAGGAGAUUUGAUGAACUCCGUCAGAUUUGUCUACAAUCAUAAAUUAAUCAAGAAUGAUCCGGGUCAGCUACACCUCAUGAACCUUUUCUUAUUGUCCUCAUUACAUAUAGUGCAACAAAACCACUCAUGGUCUGCAAAGUGAUCUACUUUAUAGAUUUAAAGAAACAAUAUUGAAAUCAAAGUCCGUCACAUUUUUGUCUAACGUCAACUCCGUCAGAGUGCUGAAAUAUAUUAUAUAAUGGUUAUAUUUUUAUUGGGAAUUUUCAAAUAAAUAAUGUUCUAUAUUUUACAAAUGUUUGUAUUGAAGUUUUAUUUUUAAAUGCAAAAAAUAUGUAUUUUGUUGUCAACUCCAUCAGUGGCGUGUCAUCUCCAUCACUGAUGGCUAACCCCCUUAAGGUCAAUAUUUUGUCAAUAUUCUGAAAAUAUAUACAGCUGAAGUCAGAGGUUUACAUACACCUUGGCCAAAUACAUUUAAACUCAGGUUUUCACAAUUCCUGAAAUUUAAUCGUAGUAAAAAAUACCCUGUUUUAGGUCAGUUAGGAUCACCACUUUAUUUUAAGAAUGUCAGAAUAAUAAUAGUAUAGAGAAUUAUUUAUUUCCGCUUUUAUUUCUUUGAUCCCAUUCCCAGUGGGUCAGAAGUUUUACAUACACUCAAUUAGCAUUUGGUAGCAUUGCUUUUAAAUAGUUUAGCAUGAUCAAACGUUUCAGGUAGCCUUCCACAAGCUUCCCAUAAUAGGUUGGGUGCAUUUUGGCCCAUUCCUCCUGACAGAGCUGGUGUAACUGAGUCAGGCUUGUAGGCCUCCUUGCUCAUGCACACUUUUUCAGUUCUGCCACAAAUUUACUAUAGGAUUGAGGUCAAGGCUUUGUGAUGGCCAUUCUAAUACCUUGACUUUGUUGUCCUUUAGCCAUUUUGCCACAACUUUGGAAGUAUGCUUGGGGUCAUUGUCAAUUUGGAAGCCCAAGCUUUAACUUCCUGAUGCCUUGAGAUGUUGCUUCAAUAUAUCCACAUAAUUUUCCUACCUCAUGAUGUUUUGUGAAGUGCACCAGUCCCUCCUGCAGCAAAGCACCCCCACAACAUGAUGCUGCACCCCCCAUGCUUCAUGGUUGGGAUGGUGUUCUUCGACUUACAAGCCUCCCACUUUUUCCUCCAAACAUAACGAUGGUCAUUAUGGCCAAACAGUUCUAUUUUUGUUUCAUCAGACCAGAGGACAUUUCUCCAAAAAGUAUGAUCUUUGUCCCUGUUCAGUUCCAAACCGUAGUCUGGCUUUUCAUGGCAGUUUUGGAGCCGUGGCUUCUUCUUUGCUGAGCGGCCUUUCAGGUUAUGUUGCUAUAGGACUCGUUUAAAUGUGGAUAGAGAUGCAUUUUUUCCUCCAGCAUCUUCACAGGGUCUUUUGCUGUUGCUCUGGGAUUGAUUUGCACUUUUCGCACCAAAGUACGUUCAUCUCUAGGAGACAGAACACGUCUCCUUCCUGAGCGGUAUGAUGGAUACGUGGUCCCAUGGUGUUUAUACUUGCGUACUAUUGUUUGUACAGAUAAACGUGGUACCUUCAGGCAUUUGGAAAUUGCUUCCAAGGAUGAACCAGACUUCUGGAGGUCUACAAAUGUUUUUUUUCUGAGGUUUUGGCUGAUUUCUUUUGAUUUUCCCAUGAUGUCAAGCAAAGAGGCACUGAGUUUGAAGGUAGGCCUUGAAAUACAGCACAGUACACCUCCAAUUGACUCAAAUGAUGUCAAUUAGCCUAUCAGAAGCUUCUAAAGCCAUAACAUAAUUUUCUGGAAUUUUCCAAGCUGUUUAAAGGCACAGUCAACUUAGUGUAUGUAAACUUCUGACCCACUGGGAUUGUGAUACAGGGAAUUAUAAUUGAAAUAAUCUGUCUGUAAACAAUUGUUGGAAAAUAACUUGUGUCAUGCACAAAGUAGAUGUCCUAACCGACUUGCCAAAACUAUAGUUUGUUAACAAGAAAUUUGUGGAGUGGUUGAAAAACAAGUUUUAAUGACUCCAACCUAAGUGUAUGUAAACGUCCGACUUCAACCUGUAUAUAUCACUGUUCUGCAACAUAUGGUUAAACUAUUGAGAUAUUCGUUGUGCUAGAUCUAAGGGAUAAUGUUGACUUUUUAAAUGUUGUUUUAUAUUCUGAAUCUAGAAAAACAUGCAAACAAAAUUUUCCCUGGAGCAUUAUACAGUAUGGUGCUAUAAAAUAAGUAUUUUAUUUCUAUAAUCUACUGUUAGAAUUAAACAAUCAAUACUUUAAACACUUGUUGGACAAUACAUGUAAAAAUGAAAUGGUUUUUAUGCUGUCUGACGGGGUUGACGAUCCAGUUAGUUGCAUUUUAUGAUUUUGUUUUUGUUGAAUUAUGAGGUUUUUCCUUUACAUGAUGGCUGAUACUUUAAAGUUUUAUUAGCCAUAUGUAUAGGAUACACAUGGUAUACACCAUCCAAGGAAAUACUUAGGUUUUUUCUUUACAAUGCAAACAACAAUUAGAAAUAAUAAAAGAUUAGAAUAAGAACAUAAAGUAAAUGGCUCAGUAGAAUACAAUACACAUUUGAGCAUAAGUAUAAAACAGGAUGGCACAAUUUAUAUUCCAAUAUUUACAUGUGUUAUGGGGGGAUCAAGUGUUUCAAUUGUGAAGUAUUUAGCAAUCAUAUUAAGUCUGGUAGCAGUUGUGAUGUGUGUGUGUGUGUAUAUCUGUGUGGGUGUGUGCUGAAAUGCGGAGAGUCAGUGAAGGUGGUCAGUCCAGUUCAAGUGUUCAGCAGUCAGCAGAUGGCUUGUAGAUAGAAAUUGUCUCUGAGCCUUUUGGUAUUAGACAUCAUGCUCCGAUACCAUCUGCCCGACGGUAAGGGAGUGAACAGCUCGUGGCUGGGGUGUGUGGGGUCCUUGAGGAUGAUGCUGCAGGCCUUCCUCAGGCACCGUUUUGAGUAAAUGUCCUGGAUGGGUGGCAGCACGGUCCCAGUAAUGUACUGGGCCGUCCUCACCACUCGCUGGAAAGCCUUGCAGUCGUGGACGGCGCAAUUCCCAUACCAGGCCUUGAUGCAACCAGUCAGGACGGUAUUUGAAAAUAUAUAUUUCAAAUGUUGUUAAUAUUAAGAAAAAUAUUUGUGAAAAGAAAUUUGAGAAAACAUGUGCAUAUUUUUUUUGUUUUUUUUUGAAAAUGUACCAUUGUCAAUGUUAGAAGACUGCUAGAGUUGUAUGUAAUGUAUAUUUAAUUCAAAAGUACUAUGUCUUUUCAUUUCUCUAUUUUUUGUAAUAUGAUUUGUAGACUAUAGAGUAGGUAAUGAGUGGUUGAUUUGUAUGUUAGAUGGAUGUUCUCCAGGGGAUUGAAAAGGUUUGCUGCUCGACAUUUUUUCCUUUUUUUUGGAUUAAAAUGUAUUUGAUGGCUCCUCGCCGUUCAAUCCCUAUAGGCCCUGUUUAUGUUUGGAACUGGACCCAUUCCCUGUCUGUGGUCAGGCCUAUCGCACACCAGAAACAAGGCUGCAUUCAAGAGGGUACAACAUUGUGGAACGUGCAAAUAGAUAUGGGUGCAUCUCAGUUCUUAUUCAUGGAAUCAAUAUAUUACGUUUCACACUCUUGAACGCAACCCAGGUUUCGUGGUGUUUUCCACAAAGGACGGUUAUGUAAAUGUUAGCCUUUUGAUCUGGACAAGGUCUUACUACAGACCCACAGUAAUGUACACACUGGAAAUGGUCGGUCAAUGUCAACCUUCAACUUCUGCAAAUAAAGGGUUGAAUUUGA